AUGAGUGCCACAUACCAGCCCUCCUACGCUUCCUACGACAACCAUGCUGCACACAAUUAUUCUGCUGCUGUGGCCCAACCAAACAGACCCAAGGCUGCAGUUGCCGACUCACGAAGCCUGCAAUACCUGCGCUACCCGCCCCAGCCACUGCAGCAGCCACUGCAGCAGCAAGCUUUGUCACAACCUCAACAGGUCCUCCGACACGACAUCUCCAACAGAUCCCAGCAGGUGCAAAAGGAUUCCCGCUACUCGGCACGUCCGCCUACACCCACUGCGGACAUCGCGAUGCCGUCCCAGGAGAGCCGCUCGAGACGAAAUUCGGACACACUCAUCUUCCAUAGCCUCCAAAUACCGAAAUGCAUUAGCCCUACCGGCGGGAAUCUGGCAGACUUUGCCGCUCAGAUGACGUGCCUCUUUUGGUUCCAGUCCGCAGAUGACCUUAACAAAGCCGAAUCCAUUCGCUCGAUUCCUGCCACAGCGACGCUGCCUCGACUGUCCUCCUUGGCCAAGCCUUACGACCAGUUCCGCAAAUGGGUCUUGAAUGUGCUCCAGACAACGCAGGUGACGCAAAACGUCAUCUUACUCGCGCUCCUCUUCAUAUACCGUUUGAAGAUGUCGACUCCGCAGAUCAAAGGCCGCGCCGGCAGCGAGUAUCGCCUGCUGACCGUUGCCCUGAUGCUGGGUAACAAGUUCCUCGAUGAUAAUACAUAUACCAACAAGACCUGGGCCGAAGUAUCUUGCUUUGCGGUCCAGGAGAUCCACGUCAUGGAAGUUGAAUUUCUCAGUAACAUGCGGUACAACUUGCUAGCUUCCAAGGCGGAAUGGGAAAUCUGGCUCACCAAGCUGGCAUGCUUCCAUGAGUACUACGACCGCGCCAUGCGUCAGCCUGCCUCGCCUCUGCACUUGGCCGCCAACGCAGGCAUUUUUCAGUCGCCGAUCACGUCUCCGAAGGCCAAUAUGCUCACUAUGGUGCCUGACCUACCUCCGUACACUCCGACCACCGCCAGGGUGUUCUCGCCCACUUCUGGUCAGGCACACGAUUGGCACACGUACCAUGCGAACGCCGUCUCGCCCUUGGCAUCCAAGCCUGUUCGCCUUCCGUCCUCACGCAAGAGAAGCCCCGAAUACGAUGCUGCCGACCACCCCGCCAAGAGACAGGUGCCCCCUCAAAUGACAUCAGGCAUGCUACCGAGCAACGGCACCCGCCAGGCCGGUGCGUUGGAGGCACGGCCACUUGGUCCUCAGCUCAGCAUCGUGACGAGCCAAGCCCAGUCUGCCGGAGCACCGUAUAUGUCAGCUGGCCCUUCGUAUGCUACCGGCCCCAAUAUGCCACUGCCGCCUCUGCAGCUUGGUGUCCGUGCCAUGUCAACGGUUUAUCAGCAACCAGUGGGUGGUGUUGUGCCCCAACCCCAGCCCCCGCCCCAACCGUUGCAGCAGAUGAUGCCGGUGGUGACCAUGGCUCCUGGCUACCCGACCUCAGCAACGGCGGUUCAACCUCCUGUCCACAUGGGUACUCCGAGCAAGCGACGUAGCCCUGGCAACUUGGUUCAGUACACAUCGUCACCCAUGGCAGAGGCCUACGGAGCGGGAUCAGCUAUGCAUACACCUCUUGCGCUAACACCUCUGGCCAACUCGCCAAGCAUCUACCUUCAGCAACGUUCCAGCCCAUACAGGCCUGUCAGACAUGUCAAUAGGCUUCUCCAUCCCGCUUCGACAUCUCUGGAUCAAUACCAUCUUUCUGUACCAAUCAACCCGAACCAGAUCCACUACCAACCACUGGGUCGACGCAACGACGUGCGCACUGGCGUAGUACCCGAAUUCAUCACAUACAACAGACAGCAGCAGCAGCAGCAGCCGCCGCAGAGCCGUCAUCACGGCGCGUACCCCUAG